GUAUAAGAAAGGCGAGAGAAUCACAAUAGAACGCAGAGGAGAGAUCGCAGACAGAGAUACCAUGAAGUUGCCCUCCACCUACUCUUAAACCUCUUUCUUUCACCUUUAUUCUUCUUCUUCCAUGUCCCACCCAGCUUUCUUCAUCUAUUCUCUUCUUCUUUUAUCAUUUCCCAUUUCCCUAAUCAUCGCUCUCUCUCAAUCACUUCGUCUCCUUCAUGCCUAACUACCAAGCUUGAGUAGCUCUCUCCCUCAUGCAGUAAUGGCAACCAUAUCAUCAUUCUUCAACAGGUUCCUCUCUUUCUUCCUCCUUCUCUUCCACCUCAGCUGCUUCACUAUCACCCCCACCGCCGCCGCCGCCUCCACCACCAAUCCCCACCGCCAUAAACGCAGACUCACUUCAUUCCUCUCCAAACCCUCUCUAAAACCCCAAAAGGCUCUUUCCUCCUCUUGGUCCUUUCUCAAGAAAGUCUUCAAGUCCUCCAAAACCCAAACCCACCACCUCUCCACGCCGCCUCGCUCCUCCAGCCACUCCCUCGUCUCCCUCGUCCUUCCCGCCCAAAUCAAAUCAGACCCUCCGCCCAAAAACUCCGAUGACUCUGAUAUCUUCUCCGGCGACCACCACUUUUUCCCUCUCCGAAACGACAUCUUCCCCUGCACAACUUGCGGCGAGAUUUUCCAUAAACCUCAGGCGCUCGACCACCACCAAGCAGUCAAGCACGCCGUGUCGGAGCUCCACAACGGCGACACCGGUAAGAACAUAGUCCAGAUCAUAUUCAAAACAGGCUGGACCGACACCCAGAAAAGCCCAGUGAUCCACCGCAUUCUAAAGAUCCACAACAGCGUCAAGAUACUUGCCAGGUUCGAAGAGUACAGAGAGUUAGUGAAGUCCAAAGCAGCGAGAAACGGCGCCGUUGGAAGAGACGAAAGGUGCGUAGCUGAUGGGAACGAGCUGCUGAGAUUUCACUGCUCGACUUUUCUCUGCGACUUGGGAGUCGGCGGGAACUCCGGGAUUUGCAACCAGCAGUAUUGCAGCGUUUGCGGGAUUAUCAAGUCAGGGUUCUCACCCAAGUUGGACGGAAUCUCCACGCUGUCGAGCAGCUCCAGGGCACACGUGGCCAUCCCGGAGGAGAUCGAGGAGGAGUUCAAGUUCAUGAACGUGAAGCGGGCCAUGCUGGUCUGCCGCGUCGUGGCGGGUCGGGUCGGGUGCGACUCUGAUGAUGACGUGGACAAGGAGGGUGGCGGGUUUGACUCGGUGGUGGGGAGGAGUGGGAGUGGGACCCAGAUGAGGGUGGAUGAGGAGGAGCUCUUGGUGUUUAACCCGAGGGCUGUGCUUCCCUGCUUUGUGAUUGUGUAUACCGUUUGAGAUUAUUACAGUGUUUUCAACUGGCCUAGACCGGAAUCCGGUCACAGCGGAGCUCCGAAUCCCCCAUUGGGGACAUGGAUUUCGAUCUAUGGGAAUUUGGUGUUUGUUUGGUUGCCUAUGCCAUGUUACGGUAGCUUAAAAUAGCAAGGUUAUGUCAAUAUUUAGGUUUGAUCACCAUGUUUAGAGUGCAUUUUAUGUGAAAUGCUUUUCCUAUUUGUGAAUAUUGAACAACUUUAUUUUCUUCUUUAA